UGUCACCACGCACAGGUGUGCAGUGUGGAGUUGUAUUUUCCAUUUGUUAUAAUUUAUCUUGAAUCGUGAGAUUAAAACGUGUUGUGUUACAAUAAAAGAUGACGUGAUUUAUUAGUGGUAACAAUUAAAUUAAUGUCAUUAGAAAAACGUGAUUCUCUAGAUUUCUGAGGAAAUACAUUUUAUGCACGCAAUAAAUUGGAACGAUAACCUACAAAACGAUCAACAGUUACGUGCAAUGUCGUGACCUGCACUCAAGAUUUGCAAUCAUGUCGAAUCCAGAUACAAAAUCUCACGAACCGUACAAGCAGCUGGAAGAAGCACAUGGUGCUGAUCUAAACGUUAAUGUUCAAGGUACAAACUACAGAAGCUGCGAAAAUGCUACUGAACGCUCCAUGGAGCUUUCUUCUGUUGUGGUUAUACCUGAUGAUACAUUCACUGUGGUACAAGCUAUCAAUGCCAUGGGUUUUGGAAAGUUUCAAGUAAAAUUGUCUUUGUUCACUGGUCUUUGUUGGAUGGUAGACAGUAUGGAGAUCACAAUACUGAGUAUCUUGAGUCCAUCUCUACAUUGCGAUUGGGGCAUUUCUAGAUAUCAACAAGCACUGACCACAACAGUAGUCUUCCUUGGUAUGAUGUUGAGUUCCACUGUUUGGAAUAAUCUGAGUGAUAAGUACGGGCGCAAGCAAGCUUUAACUUUAUGCGCGGUGCUGCUAUCUUUCUAUGCGUUUCUAAGUUCGUUUGCACCAACUUUCUUCUGGAUUCUAGUGCUUAGAGGAAUUGUGGGAUUUGCUAUUGGUUGUGUGCCACAAUCAGUGACAUUGUACGCAGAAUUUCUGCCGGCGAAACAACGAGCAAAAUGCGUUAUUCUGUUGGACUGUUUCUGGGCUUUAGGAGCUUGUUUCGAGGUAGCAAUUGCAUUGAUUGUUAUGCCCACUUUUGGAUGGAGAUGGCUUCUUAUAUUGUCAUCUAUUCCGCUAUUCAUUUUCGCUAUAAUAACGCCGUGGCUUCCAGAAUCCAUGGUAUUCGAUAUGACAAAUGGAAGAACCGAUCUCGCGCUUUCGACUUUAGAGCGUGUAGCUAAAGAGAAUAAAAAAUCGUUGCCUCUGGGCAGACUAGUUAUGGAUCGGUUUUAUCAAGCUAGUCACGGCCGAUUCAAAGACGUUCUCAGCAAGGAAAUGUGCAAAACAUCCGCUUUGUUAUGGCUCGUAUGGAUGAGCACAGCGUUUUGUUACUACGGAGUGGUGCUGAUGACCACCGAACUUUUUCACACAUCCUCGGAGCAGUGUGGCACAUGGGACGUUGACACCGACGAAAACACAUGUCAGCUCGAGUGUCAAUUACAUCGCAGCGACUACAUCGAUUUACUGUGGACAACGUUGGCGGAGUUUCCCGGUAUUUUCUCGACCGUGUUCGCGAUCGAGAAAAUAGGCAGGCAGAAGACGAUGGCCUGUCAGUUGGUGAUGUUCGCCGUGGUGAUCUGUUUCUUGAGCAGAACUUGCGUGCUGAGCAGAGCGGCGUUGACCAUCGCCGUCUUUCUGGCCAGAAGUCUGAUCGCCGGUGUGUUUCAAGCGGCGUACGUGUACACGCCGGAAAUGUAUCCCACGCAUUUGCGAAGCAUAGGCGUGAGCGCGUGCAGCGCGAUGGCCCGAAUCGGCGCCAUGGUCACUCCGUACAUAGCGCAGGUAUAUUUGCAAUGGUCCAUCACGGGAGCAAUGGCCAUCUACGCGACAACCGCGUUGUGCGCUGCGAUUGCCACGCUCGCGCUUCCGGUUGAGACCAAAACCCAACAAUCGAACGAGACGUGUCAGGAGAACAAAUAGGCAGUUUUGUAAAAAGUAUUCCUUAAAUUGACGCAGUUUACUGUAGUGUCUCAAGUUAAGAUAUACUUGUGUUUUUUAUUAUUUUAUUUAGUUACGUAUAUUUUAUUUAGUUACAUAUAUACACACAACUUUUACCACCUUGUGACUAAUUGCAAGAUUUAUGUAUAUUUGUAUACGUAAGCAUAACAACUUAAUAAUUUUACUCGACUUACUUUUUUAUUUAUUAUUUAAUUAAAUGGGCAUACAUUUUUAACACAUAAGUUAUACACGUAUUUUAUUUAUUUAUAAAUAAUGCACAAUGAGAUUACAAGACGCGUACUUUGUCUGCAAAAGUAUUUGGUUAAAAUAUCACAUGUUGUACAGACAUAAAAGACUGAUAUGUAAUUUUUCAGAAAAGUGCCAAACAAGUAUGAAUCACGUAAUCUAAUCUAAUAAAUAAAAAAUAAUCUAAUUCUCUGGAUGUUGUCAUGUAUAGUGCAUGUGUGACGACAUAUCUUAGGUAAAAUAAGUUACGUCUAAAAUUGUAAUAAAAUAAUGUAACAAAGAAAAUAAAAACAUAUUAACAUUUAAUCGACCUGAAGAAAUCAAAAGAUCCUAAAACUGAAU